AACGCAAAAGAAAGGCGGAUCCCAGCUCUGAAGCUUCUGUUAGAAACUUUCUUUUAAACAAAACCUUCACGCGUUUAUAUACUGUGGAUGUCAGGUAUUCGGCUCUGAUAAUAUUUUAGCCCUUGUAGAAAAUCGGAUUGUCAGUUAGUUCUGCUCUCUCAGGAGAAAGCAAAACAACGUACGCAAGCUAUUGUGACAGAAAGCUUAAGAGAUAAAGUUAGCUAGCUAGCUAGCUGUAUAACUAGCUGUAUUAUACUAAGGGAAGCAGCCCAGAGUACAGAGAUAAGACCACGAAAAUGGGAGAUAAGGAACUGAUGUGGGCCUUGAAAAAUGGAGAUCUGGACGAAGUGAAGACUUUACUCGUCAAGGACGAGGACGUGAACAGGACCCUGGAAGGCGGGAGGAAGCCGUUGCACUACGCUGCAGACUGCGGCCAGGUGGAGAUGCUGGAGUUCCUGCUCUCCAAAGGAGCAGAUGUCAACGCACCCGACAAACACGGCAUCACCCCUCUGCUCUCCGCCACUUACGAAGGUCACCUCAACUGCGUCAAGAUCCUGCUAGAAAAGGGAGCUGACAAGGAGCGGAAAGGACCGGACGGACUGAGCGCUUUCGAGGCGGCGGAGAGCGAGGCCAUCAAGGCGCUCCUGAAGUGAGAGAGCGGGAAAAGGGCCGGCAGACAGACGGACGCACCGGUCGUCGGACAGACGAGACGGACGGACGCCUUCCCCCAUCCCCACCGUCUGUCCCCCACCCCC